AUGCCUGUCAUGAACAUAGAAAGGUUGGAUGCUUUCUCAGUUGAGGCAUCACGGUUGCCCGACCAUGCCCGCGAAGUUGCUGCGGCAUUCAGCCGCGAUGGACUUGUCCGAAUCAAGAACGUCUUGCCCGUUGAAGUGUCGGAGGCGCUGUGCUGCCGAGUUCAAUCGGAGCUCGAGCAAAGACGGUAUGAGGGUGAUCCCACAUUCUUUGGGGAUGUUUAUGGCUACGAGGACUCCGGGCAUCGGUGGGAUCUGAAACUCCAGCUGUCAAACGAGGUGAAAAUUGCCCUCGUCAGCAUCUUGGGCCGUUUGCAAAAGGUGCACAAGCAUGAUGCAUGGAGCAGGUGGAGGAUCGGACAAGCUAGGUCUCGGAAGAUGAUAGGUGCUGGAAACGCUGCGACCUUCUUGGCAAUUGACGGAGAUGGCGGCCAUGUGUACUUUUCCUUCGGACCCUGGGCAGCCGGCACAUUGGCUUGGUUGGAUGAGGGUGGUGACGAUAUUUGCAGUGCUGACGAGCUUGCAAUCAUUGCGCAAGAACAAGAGCCAGCUCAUGUUGUGUUGAAGUAUCAGGAUGGAGAGCUCCACCUGGGAAUGAAAGAAGUUGACGAAGACAGCGCGGUCCUCUGUACCAUGAACAUGGGAGACUGUGUAGUGAUGGACAGCAGGCUUCUGCACUGCGGAACUGCGAACACAUCAGACUUGCACAGGUUCCUUUUUUACACAUCUUGGAUGCAGCCUGCAAGGAGGUCACGUGGGUCGACAAACAGCAUCCUGCCGCAGUACGAGGAGCGCUUCUCCCUCCGAGCUUGGCAGGAGUGGACAUCUCCGGGGUUUGGCGACCCUGGUCAGCGGACCUGGGACGCCCAGCCCAGCCUGCACAGGCGGCCCGGGCAGAUCCAGAAGUCCUCCUGGGAGGAAAUCGGGCUGCAGCUUCUGAUGCAGCCUGCAGCUGCAGCGCAGAAGGCGAGCAUGCGGAAUCAUCGCACUGGCGCCGGCAUCGCCUUGGCUGGCCUUGGUCUACUGGUCUACAACCUGGCAGGUCCACGGCUUUUUGUGUCUCCCCAGCCUGAAAUGCUGGGGAUACCGCGACAUGGCUCAGAGGCCAGGGCUGAGGCGGUGAUCAUGUGUGCUGCGAAACCGGGUGGACGGCCUGUGGAUGUGACACAAGAAGCCAUGCCCGCAAGCACAAUCAAGGUCAAGACAGGAAAAGGUGAGCUGACUGUGGAUCAGCAGUUUGACAAGAAGGAAAGGACAACCAGGUGGCUCAAAACCUUGAAGGGCAAGUUCGUGUACAGAGGCCCCAAGCCAGCGGAUCCGGACCAAUUCAUUAAGGUCAACAUUGCUGUGCCACUGGCACCAAAGCAGGCAUCAAACACCAAGAUCAUGAAUCAGGUCAUAGAAGAGCUCCGGCGCGUCAGUGGUGUUCACCCAGUUGCAACCUACUUUACAUCCAACAACGCGGAGCUAGGAUACCGCAUCGGAGAUAAAUCUGGAGCCAAAGUCAACAUAAGGGGCCAUUUGAUGAACGAUUUUCUCCAGAGGCUGAACACCAUUGUUCUGCCCCGAGUGCGAGACUUUGAAGGUUUGGAUCCGACCUCCUUCAACAGGAACGCGAACUACUGGAUGCACUUGCCCAGCCAGGAGCCCUUCAACGAGCUCGAUGAGCUGCUCGACUCGCGGGAAGUUGUCCACGGCUUCAACAUCCGCAUCCUCAACAACUGUUUCACACAGCCGGAUGCUUUGAAGCUAAUGAAAGACUUCGGUUUUCCUUUCGGCGAUCCAAAGCCGAAGCGGGUGAGGGUGCCAAAGGAUCCUUACGCAAAGUUCAAGAACAAGGGCAAGGGCAAGAAGAAGCGAUAG